AGUUUACCAAGCAAGCGCAGCAAGUCUGGUGGCCAAGUGGCACAUAAAGAGACGGACUGAAUGAUAAAACGGAGGUAAAGCGGGUUUCAAAAUUGCCUUUUACAGCGGAAUGUUCACUCGCAGGGGUUAUGGAGACGUCAAGAAAUCUACACAGAAAGUUCUGGACCCAAAGAAGGAUGUAAUAACCCGGUUAAAGCAUCUUCGGUCCCUGCUAGACUUCACUGAGAAGAGUGAACUGAAGGCAUUCUUCGAAAACAACUGUUCACAGAUAUAUUUUAUCUUCUAUGAAAAUUUCAUUACACUGGAAAGUAACUUAAAGCAAAAAGGGAACAAAUCCCACCGGGAGGAGCUGGACUCCAUCCUCUUUAUUUUUGAGAAAGUUCUUCAGCUGCUUCCAGAAAAAAUUAACAGUCGUUGGCAGUUCCAUAGUAUAGGAUCCAUUCUCAAAAAGCUUUUGCACACUGGAAACUCAUUUAAGAUCCGCUGUGAGGGGAUUCGUCUGUUCCUGCUGUGGCUGCAGGCUCUGCAGAAUAACUGUGAUGAAGAGCAGCUUCUAAUCUUCGCCUGUCUAGUGCCAGGAUUCCCUGCCGUGCCCUCGUCACGAGGACCCUGCACACUGGACACCAUCAUCUACAACCCAUUCUCACACACACACGAUGCCAAGAUAGUGCCAGAGGAGAUUACCCCACUGGUGCCCGCUGUACCCGGGGAAAAGGUGGCAGAUGACCAGACAUGUUACAUCCUCCAGACUCUACUGAAGUUUAUGGUGGUCCAGGCGGCAAGCUUAGAGUGGAGAAAUAAAGACUCCCAGGACUCAGGCUUCAGGUUUCUGUUCUCCCUCUUCAAGAAGUACUACCUGCCACACAUCUUCCCCUCCUUCACCAAGCUCACCAACCUCUACAAACCUCAGCUGGAUCUGCCUCACCACAGGCCGAAGCCCUUGUAUGUUCCAGUGACGCGGAACAGUGAGAGUACAUAUGUUACACGUGACCAGUACCUGGCUCCCCGUGUUGCCUUUAUCACCUGGCUUGUCAACUUCUUCCUGGAGAAGAAGUACAUUAGCUCCACCCAUAGCACCAAGAAUGGCACAGAAGUCCUCCCUAAAAUCAUCCAGACUGUGGCUGCAGGCAGCAGCAGUCAGGAGAAGAGUGGUGAUGCAGAGGCCAGUGCUGGACCAUCAGACCCAGAGAAGAGUCACUCAAACAGCAGCACGCUGUCAGACCGCCGGCCCAGUGACUCCAGCAUGUGUAGCAUAGAGGAGGAGCAUCGCCCUGUUUAUGACAUGGUCUACUCCAUUCUGCUCUCCACACGAGAUAAUGUCAACUUUGUCAAUGAGGUCUUCCAUCAGGCCUUCCUGUUGCCCUCCUGUGAGGCCUCAGCAACCCGUAAAGUCAUCAAGGUGUACAGGAAGUGGAUCCUACAGGAGAGGCCUGAGUUUAUGAAUGAGCCUGACAAACUCAUUGAGGAGGAGGAGGGAGAGGAAGAGCAUAUAGUCACACAAACUGACAGCACACAAUCAGAGACUGCGGAGGCUCAUGGCCAUAAGAGGUCAUCCAGCUGGGGUCGAACAUACUCCUUCAGCAGUGCAAUCAACAGAGGUUGUCUGACUGAGGAGCAGAAUCUUCAAAUUAAGGCUGGACUGCAGCCUACCCUACAGGUGUUUCUGACUAACUCGGCGAGUGUGUUUCUGCUGGAGCCAUGUCAGGAUGUGCCCAAGCUGCUGCAAGAUCAGGUGGAUGUUUGUAGAGGAGUUCUCAGCAUCUACAGACGCAUGAUUAUGGAGCAAAACAUGAACAGACAGACCUGGGAGCAGAUGCUGCAGGUGCUGCUGAGGAUCACUGAUGCUGUGAUGAAGAGGUCGCAGGAUGGUGAUAGGAAGGACGCAUUCGCUCACAGCCUGGCCAGCAGUCUCUUCAGGACGAUCAUCGUUGCGUGGGUCAGGGCUAAUCUAAGUGUGUUUAUCUCUCGUGAGCUGUGGGAUGAGCUGUUGGCUGUAUUGUCCUCUCUCAGCCACUGGGAGGAGCUGGUGCAUGAAUGGGCGUCCAUUAUGGACUCACUGACCUCAGUUCUGGCUCGCUGUGUCUACGGCCUGGACCUGAAUAACCUGCCCCUGGACAAGCUCUCUGAACAGAAAGAGAAGAAACAACGUGGCAGAGGUGUGAUGCAAGAUUCUCAGAAGUCCUCUGCAGUGGCUCGUUCAUUCUCCCUGAGCUGGAGAAACGCUGGAGAUCCAGGUACAAUUCAGGAGCCAAUGAGGUUCCGCAGUGCCACAACAACCGGAGCUCCUGCUGUGGAGAAAGCGCGUAAUAACGUCCGUCAGAAAGCAUCAGCUAAGCGAAGCCAGUCUAUCAGCAACUGUGUGCAUCUCUACGAGGCUUUGCCUGCCGCUAAGAGUGUACCAAUGCUUCUCCACACUUUCUUACCUGGUAUCUCUCACAACUCUUACUGUUCUCACAGACUCUCAGAUGUUGAGGAGUGUCAGCUGUCAGAGUGUGGUGGGGAGGGAGAAGGUGGAGAAGACUGUACACUCCCCCGCAGCAGCAGCACCUCCGAUAUUACACACCAAAUCACAGACUCUUUUGCAGGCCAGAGGAAGAGAGAGGACUCUCCAAAUGCAGGCAGCUCCGAUGGCAGGACAUGGCAAUGUGAGAGCAACUCUACAGGGAGAAAAGAGACAGAACCACCAACGAUUUUGAUACGUCGGAGUAGCAGUCCGUCAGAGCUGGAGCACCAAGGGGAGACCCUGCCUACGUCCUUGAAACAGAGACUCCGUGAGAAAAGUGAGAGUGUUAGCAGUGAGACAUCAAAUGGCUUCGUGAAUGAGGCAGAUUGUGGACUGUUAGCCUGGCAGGCAUUCCAGGAGGAGGAGCACGAUUCUUCCCCACCCAAUGACGUCAGUGCGGCUGUGGACACAGAAAGCCAGAGGAGUCUCUUACUGAGCCACACAGACGCACUGGCAGACAGCAGUGAGUACCUGGCUGAUGAUAUCAGCAUUAUUGCAGGAGGCAGUUUAACUGGUUGGCAUCCAGACUCUGCGUUCGUGCUGUGGCGGAGGAUUCUGGGUAUUCUGGGAGAUGUCAAUAACAUUCGCUGCCCCCGUAUCCAUGCCAAGGUGUUCAGCUACUUGUAUGAACUCUGGCACAAACUGGCUAAGAUCAGAGAUAAUUUGGGUAUCAGCAUGGACAGUCAGUCAUCUCUACACAAACCCCUCUUCAACCCUCCUCUCCGUAUGCUGGCCUCCUGGCUUUUCAAGGCCACCAUGUUACCAGCAGAGUUUAAGGCAGGGAAACUACAGGCCUACAGACUCAUCUCUGAAAUGAUGACCAAACACCAGGAUGUUCUGCCAAAUAGUGACUUCUUGGUUCAUCUUUACCACGUCAUGCAUAAGGGCUUCACCAGUGAGGACCAGGAUGUGUUGAACACAGUGGUGAGGUGGUGUUCUCCAAGGUUUUUCUCUUUGGGGUUGCCAGGUUUCACUAUGCUGGUUGGAGAUUUCAUCACUGCAGCUGCCCGUGUGCUCAGCUCCGACUCGUUUGAGGCUCCACGUGUUGAAGCUCAGACAGUGCUUGGGUCUCUGGUGUGUUUCCCAAAUCUGUACCUCCAAAUCCCAUCCCUGCAGACUGUCCCAGGGAGUGAAGAAAUCGUGGUGGGCAGGGAGGACAUAAAGGACUACCUGGUGAAUAUUUUGUUGAAGACAGCGCGUAAUGAGCCAUGUGAGGAGGCCAGGUGUAUCGCUAUCUGCAGUCUGGGUGUGUGGAUUUGUGAAGAACUGAUGCAGGAGAAAAUUCACCAUCACGUGAAGGAUGCCAUCAACGUGCUGGGUGUCACUCUGAAAUUUGGGAACAAGGUUGUGUCUCAAGUGGCAUGUGAUGUGUUCCAACUGCUGAUUUGUCACUGGCAGCAGCUUCAAAUGCUGGACCAUUCCCUCCCAAAGAGAAUCAUUGAGAUCUUUGUGGCCACCAUUGCGUUUUUGCUGCCUAGUGCGGAGCACUCCACCGUGGAGGCAGAUAAAAAGUUAAUGGUUUGCCUGCUGCUGUGCCUGCUGGACUGGUGUAUGGCUGUCCCUCUGUCAAUACUCCUUGAGCCCACCAGUAUGCCUGUUCUGGACGACCCUGCAGCCCCCAAACCCCCUCUUCUAGACUACAUCUACAGGGUGCUACACUGUUGUGUCUCUGGCUCAAACUUGCACACUCAGCAGAGUCACUACCUCCUGAGCCUGGCUGACUUGGCCACUGACUACGACCCCUUCCUUACACUUGGCCAGGUCAGGAACUCUGAAGCUCCCCCAUCACACAACACCUCAGGAGAUUUUGGCAACCUGCUCACUGUGGCUGAGGAAAAGAAAAGACGGAACAUGGAGCUGAUUCCUCUCACUGCCCGAAUGAUAAUGACGCACCUCGUGAACCACUUGGGCCACCAUCCACUCAGUGGCGGUCCGGCACUCCUGCACAGCCUGGUGACUGAAAACCAUGAUAACCCUUAUGUUGAGUCAUCAGAACUCUCCUCCGAGGUCUUCAAAAGCCCCAACCUGCAGCUCUUCGUUUUCAACGACAGCACACUCGUGUCUUACCUGCAGAUCCCCUCUGAAAACUGUUUCAGUGGCAGUAACGCGAGAGAUCACUCGUCUGAGGUCCGUGUGAUUGUGCGCGAUAUCUCGGGGAAAUAUUCUUGGGACGGUGGCAUUCUCUAUCGGACUUUAGAUGGGCCUGUCUCACGUUCUAGCGAUAGAAGCCAUUUUCCCGCCGACAGUGUCACGGUUUCCUCAGCUCUGGCCAAGACCCAGACCUUAUCAUCUCAUGCGAGUGAAUGUUCUUUGUCUGUGGAUGUGGAGGAAGGGGUGGAUGUUCUUGACCAGCUUCUGGAGGAUUUGGGCCACAGCAGCCCUGAGUGCCUACCCCAGCCCCCGCUCCGACUAACCGAGCCCGCACCUCCUCCUGUGGGCAUGAACCUAGAAAUGGAGGCAGAGAUCAUGGAGGCUUUAGAGAGGCAGACGCAGCAGGAGGACGAGGAGGUGUCCAAGAGGAGAAUAGGAGAUCCAAGUGUACGAGCAGCCCAACAGAAGGAGCCUAUGCAUCAGGAACCCAAAGCUCCAUUCUACUUCUGCAGGCUCCUACUGAACGAUCUGGGCAUGAACUCAUGGGACAGAAGAAAAAGCUUUCAUCUCUUGAAAAAGAACUCCAAGCUUUUGAGGGAACUGAAGAAUCUGGAUUCAAGACAGUGCCGAGAGACGCACAAGAUUGCUGUUUUUUAUAUCGGAGAAGGACAGGAAGAGAAGAGCUCCAUUUUGUCCAACGCUGAGGGCAGUCAAGCCUAUGAGGACUUUGUUUCUGGACUGGGCUGGGAGGUUGACUUAGCCACUCACUGUGGGUUUAUGGGAGGUCUUCAGCGGAAUGGAAGCACUGGGACCACAGCACCAUAUUAUGCUACAUCCACGGUGGAGGUUAUCUUUCACGUGUCCACACGCAUGCCUUCAGACUCUGAUGACUCACUCACCAAAAAGCUGCGUCAUCUGGGGAACGACGAGGUUCAUAUAGUGUGGUCAGAGCAUACCCGGGAUUACCGGCGAGGAAUUAUUCCCACAGAAUUUGGUGAUGUUCUCAUCAUCAUCUACCCCAUGAACAACCACAUGUUCUUCAUUCAGAUCAUCAAAAAACCACAGGUUCCAUUCUUUGGGCCUCUGUUUAAUGGCUCUAUAGUAACGGGCGCUCUGCUACCCAGUUUGGUGCGUGCUACAUGCAUCAAUGCCAGCAGAGCUGUGAAGUCUCGCCUGACACUGUACCAGAGCUUCUACGAGGAACGGGCAUUGUAUCUGGAGGCUGUCAUUCAGAAUCACAGAGAGGUCAUGACAUUUGAGGACUUUGCUGCUCAGGUCUUCUCACCUUCCCCUAACUACUACCCCAUGAGUGGGACAGCGUGGAGGCGUUGGCCUGGGAGGCUUUGGGACGUGGAGUCUGUUUGGGCCAAGUUGGACUGGUCUCUCAGCGGCAGUACGAGCACUGAGCUCACCGUUACCACGGCAACUGGCGACUCCACAGAGCAGCCAUCUCCCACAAUGCCUCGUGCCUCAAAACACCGCGUUUCUGGAAAACUACGCCGAUCAGCUAGCGCUAUCAGCAAAUCAUCCAACUGAAUGCCACACAUCCACACACACACACACCCUCAGAACGUCCACUGCUAAAAAGACUGGGAUUUUGUUUUGGGUGGGGCUGUUUAUGUUUGUCGCUAAUAACUGGAAAAUGAUUGUGUUUAUUUGUUGUUUUGUUUGUUUUAAUUUAAGAAAAAAGGAUUGUUGUUGUUAUUUGAAAUUGUUUGCCAUUUGAUAUAUUUUUUGCUGAUCAGAGGUGAAAUUGCUAUCACACUAAAUAAGAGGGUGCUUGGACACCAUGAAGAGAAAACUGUAUCUUUGCCUCACUGUGCUCACCCAGCUAAUUGUAUUCAGCAAACUCUUUAUCAGUUUAUAUACUUACUACGCAUGAAACUUGAUGAAAGACAUUGUGCUGGAAGUUGUUGAAUUGUUUUAACUUGAAUGCAAAGAUGUCUGAUUUUUUUUAUGCCAGUUGUGGACUGCGAUUCCUGUAAGCAUUCAGACUGCAGUUCUCUAAAACACAUUACAUGAGAAAAGAGAGAGAGAAAACAGACAUUUUUUUUUAAAGCUGUCUCUCUAUUUUCUCAUUAACUCUAAAUGGCAAAAUGGGAAGUUGCUUGAAAGCAGUGAAGGAACAGUGAGAACUAUACACUCUGUCUCUGUCUGUCUGAUUCGUUCAGUGUGAAGCUCAUCAUGCUUCCAGUCAUCCCAUCUCUGAAACUGAGACCAGCUGGGACAGCAUAGAGUAGAGGUGUACAGUGGGGGAAAAAAAAAAACAUUUUGAAGUUCUCAUUGUUUUGCUCAUAAGAUCUGUUUUCUGUGUUCUGUGAAAGAAUGCGUUUGUACACACACCCUCCCAUUUUCUUCAAAGACACUGACGUGAAAUAUUGCUCAUAGGAAUGAUGAUGAUUGUGGUCUGUUGUCUGUCCAUUCUCACCUUAAUAUGACCCUCUCAUUCAGGAAAGACAGAUGGACUUUAUUAGAGAAUUUUCAGUUUGUUUUAAUCCAGUGACUGUAGCAUAGAGGAACAUGCUCCUGUUUAGACUGUGAAUCACUGACUAAAGACAAUUUGAAUCUUAUGCAUUCUGUCACACAGUAUGUAUGAAAACAUUUCUUUAUGGAAACAGCCAUACAAGUACCUAAAAAAGCAUUCAUAUUAUCACCUUUACCUGUUUGUGUGUGUCUGCGUGCGUGCGUGCGUGUGUGUGUGUCUG